AGCGUACACGGAGUUAUGACCGGCCUUGUGCCGAACGCGUGUUCGCAGCAGCAGAGUUACACGAAACACAGGACACCAGCACAAGGGGACUGCGCGGCGACGCCAUCUCUCCCUCCCUCCCUCCCUACACCAAUGGAAGGCUCGCCGGCGACGCGUCUCCCCGAGGCCGACGCGCUCCCCGAUGGCUUCGUCGAGAGCUCCUCCGCCGACCAGGCCCAGCCAGUCUCCUCCGCCCCCGCCCCCGCCGCCGCCGAUCCCCUGCAUCCCGCCCUCGGCCCUGAUCACGAGGGCGCCGCCCGCGCCGACGGCGAGGAAACCCUAGGCUCCCCAUCCACCCCCGCCGACGCCGCCGAUGCCCUGCGGAGCCUCUCUAUGGCCGCCGCCGCUUCGGAGCCGGAGCGUGCCCCCGAGCGGCAGGGGCCCGCCGCAGACAUAGGAGGUGCCAAAGAUGCAAUGAAGGAGAGUUUUGUGGUAGAGCAAUCAGAACCGCUGGCCAAUCCAAAGGAUAGUGGCGAACCAAAGCGUAAGGUCGUGAAGCGGAACAGUAAGCUAGAGAAGGACAGGGAGUUGUUGCAACUUGCCCAGAGGUACCAUGGAGUGGUAGCGGAGAGGGAUGCAGGCAAGUUUCUAUUAUCCAAAAUGUGACCCCGAUGCUUAGUUCUCCAACAGUUGAAUGAAAUGGAUAAAUCCGUUGGUUACUCUCAGUUAAGGAUCCACUGUUAAAAACCCCACAGCUGUCCUUUGUUUGGAAUAAAGUUAUCUAAUAACCAUGUUAAUAUAUAACGUGUGGUAAUUUGAAAACUUCUGGAUUCUUCUCAUUAAACAAAACAAAACCUAUGUAACUAAAUACUGAUCACUCUGUUCUUUUUUCCUUUGUAUGCACACUCGUAAAAUCCUUCCUACCUUAAAAUGUAUUCUUUUGGUCUUUCAUCAGAAAUUAUAGCAUGGAACAUCUGGUGGACCAGACACAUUUAGCAAGAACAUAGCAAAAUCUCCAUUCUGCUUCUUCCAUGGACAAUUGUCCACUCUAUAUAGGAAAGAUGCAUUAUAUGAUCGUUCCAUCACUAUAUAAAUCUAUUCAUUUAUUUGAAAUUUGGGUUAGCAAUGAACACCCCCUAAACGGAGACAGCUCAAUUGUGCAUAUUCCAUUAAAGGAUUUAGAAUUCAUUAACAUUUUUGUUGAAAACAUGAAAAUCACAGUUAAGAUUCUUUGUAGCUCCUUUAGACGGAAGGAUUGUCAUCCCCUAGAAUUUUUUCCUAUAGAGGCACAUGGGAUCAGAAAACUAAAAGACAGUGAACACGAAAAUUCCUAUGGUUUCCAUAGGCCAUACACCCCUAUUCCGUAGAAUUCCUAGCCAAGGCUUAGAGAUCUAGAAUUUUUUUCUGUGUCUGGCAACUGUGGGCUAUGGCAACGCAUCUAAUAAUCCCUAAAGAAUACUCAUGUGUUUUUUUAUGGUGCAACCAGAUAAUCAAAUAGUUUCUAUUACUUGUUCAUGUGUUUUCAAUUCAUGCAGGAUUCAAUAUGUCAUGACAUUUAGUUAUUGUGUAUUUUUCUGUUCCUGUGUUUAUCGUUCAUGUAUUCUUUUUUUCUUUCUGAGAAAACGCAAAAGCUUUGCGUUUCAUUGCAUUGAUAGAGAGAAGAGUCAUUACAAGCUCCAAGAAGGACGCACCCGA